AUGACUCAAGCAAAUGAAAAUAUCACAUUUAACUAUGAAGAUGUGAAUAAGACGGAAACCAGAUUUCCUACAAAUCCAACGACAGUAACAACUACAACGCCGGGAAAUCUUACGGGAAAAACAACAAUAAAAUAUACAACUCUUACAGAAAUCACGAGUGUAACAACAGAAUUGAGCGCAACAACAACGUCUACGAAAUUGUCGAAUAUCACGUUAACAAUACCAUCGAGCAUCCUGCCAAUAACUACAACAGAGACGACAAACACAACGACAACUGCAUCUGAAACAAGUGUGACGGAAACAUCAUCAACGUUUGUUACAACAACGAUGAUAACACCGUUACCUUUUUCGACAGAAACUUUUUUACCAAGUACUGAAACAGCGAUUACAACAGACGGAAGUAUUACAAUGCCUUCAAUGACAUCGAUAAACUCUACGCAAUGUGAAACGCAAUGUUUAACACCAUACACGACGUCUUCGAUUACAACAGAUAUUACAGAAACAACGAAUACAUCGGAAACUACGCUGACCAUUACAACACUUCCAACUGUUCCAACAACACUCGCAACCGAUCCAAUAACAACGAUGACAACUACAUUCAAGAUACCGAAUAUCACAUCAACAUUUUCAUCGAAUUUCCCGCCAAUAGUUACAACAAAGACGACAAACACAACGACAACUGCAUCUGAAACAAGUGUGACGGAAACAUCAUCAACGUUUGUUACAACAACGAUGACAACACUGUUACCUUUUUCGACGGAGACAACUCUUUUACCAAGUACCAAAACCGCGAUUACAACAGACGAAAGUAUUACAAUGCCUUCAACGACAUCGAUAAACUCUACGCAAUGUGAAACGCAAUGCUUAACGCCGUACACGACAUCUUCGACAAAUAUUACAGAAACGAAUACGUCAGAAACUACGCUGACCAUUACAACACUUCCGACUGUUCCAACAACACUUGCAACCGAUCCAAUAACAACGAUGACAACUACAUUCAAGAUACCGAAUAUCACAUCAACAUUUUCAUCGAAUUUCCCGCCAAUAGUUACGACAAAGACGACAAACACAAUGACAACUGCAUCUGAAACAAGUGUAACAGAAGAAUCAUCGACAUUUGCUGUGACGACGACGACGACGACACUAACAACUCGUUCGACGCUAUCAACGGAGGCUAAAGAAAAUAUGCAUCUUACGAGAAUAACCAUUCCCAAAUUUAAUUAUAUUGUUAAUAAUACUGAGAAAGGAGUGGCGUGUGUUUUAGCUAACAUGACGAUUAGUAUAAAUUUACGCUGUUUACAACAAGAAAACGCGAUAAAAAAUUAUAAGAUUUCAACACCUACGUUGAUGGUUCCGACGAACGCAAGGAUAACAGGUAGUUGCGAUGAAAAAACAGCCAAUAUGAUUUUAAGUUGGGAGGAACCAGCCAAAAAUCAAGUGGACAGCAAUAAGGAGAAUAAAAUUACUUUCAAUUACACCCAUAAUAAUAUGGAAUUUUUUCUUGAUUUCAUUUCUGUCGACGUCUAUUUGAAUGAGAAUAGGAUAAAAAAUACGACAGACAAAGGUGUAAAAUUAUUCUCCGCUACGUUAAAAUAUGGAAUAUUUAUAUGCGAAAGAAACAUUACAAUAAAUAUCAAGAACUUGGUAGACGUUGUUAUCUCCAAAAUCCAUUUAAUUGUAUUUAAUGAAUGUUUCGGUAAUUGCACAAAAAAAGCAACUGUUUGCGAUAUUAAUACAGGCAUUAAAAUCCUAGUGCUCAUUGGUAUAAUAAUUGUUGGUAUUCUCCUCUUAAUGAUACUUGUUAUCUUUUAUCUAACAUCGCGUAUGCAAAGAGGACCAAUUUCGAAAGAAAUCGUUUUGUAAGGUAUUAUUUUUAAGACAAUAAUUUUUAAAGAGUUUUCAAAGAGAUGACACAAAUUGCUUUUAAAUAUGUCAAUGAAAUUGUAAAAUGUAAGUACAUCGAUAACUAUGUAUCGCGUAGAUCUCUUACAAGUGAAUAUGUCAUUUGAGAAAUAACAUAAAUCUCUUUUAAAGAAUCUAAAAAAAAUUUUUUAGCAAAGAUGUACGAAUCAAGAAUUUGCAAGAUUAAAUCGAAUUCGAACUAAAUUUUUCUGAAUUUAUAUUAUGUGUUGAUUUAAAUGUAAUAAAAUUUUCAAAAUUUUAUA